AUGAAUACAUCAUGUAACGCACGCGCAGAUUCGAAUGUCAUCGUAUUCUAUUUUACCUUCGGUUGUUUAUUAACUAUUCUUGGUACAAUUCUUAAUCUAUGUUCGUGUUUAUUAUUUUGUCGCGCAAAGUCACUUACUAAUACUCCAUAUUCAAUAUUUAUUAUUGCUUUAUCCAUUGCGGACAUCAUCAAACUAUCAGCCGAAUAUACCGUUCAUCUGUUAUUUUUCCACAUUCAACAUCCUUAUUUUGUAUGUUCAGUGACAUGGUUUCUAACGAUGACAAGUGAAAAUUCAUCGUAUGCUUUCCUUUGUGCAUUAGGUAUAGAACGAAAUUUGAAAGUAUGGUCGACUGACCGUCGAGCUUUGAUGAGUCGUCGAACUGCAUGUUUAACCACGAUUUGCAUUCUUCUACUUGUGAUUAUUUACAAUCAUCCAUUUCUUUUCUGGCCAUAUGAUGUCUCUUAUUGUUACUUUGAUAUAGAGAAGAGGAAAAUCUUAUUUUCAUGUGAUAAUGCAUUUUACAACGCAUACGGUAUUCGUUUUUCUUUGAGUAAUUUAUUAUUUAUUGAAAAUAUUGGUUUAAAUAAUUUCGUACUGCCAUUAAUUAUCAUUGCAACAAACAUUACAUUGAUGAUCGGUUUACGUCGGCGUUCGCAUCAACGUCGAACCCGUUUUGGAACGUAUAAGAACGAUGACUGGAAAGAACGGAGCGUCAUACUUUACAUGUUACUUUCAAGUGUAGCAUUUCUGUUGUUGACGUCACCUAUUGGUAUUCUAGGUGCCUUGGCAACUUUUCAAGGUGAACGAAUUCCAACCAAUAAUCUCUCGAUACUCUUAGAUCUCAUGGAGAUCAUUCAUCAUUGUUCACAUUUUCCGAUUUUGUUGAUGACAAGUUCGAUUAUUCGUGCAAAAACGUUACAAAUUCUCUUUCAUCCACAUAUGACACGAAACAAUUCUGUGGUAACACGAAGUUCCGUGAAACGACGAGUGACUUCCCGGUCGUCAUCAUCGACGCGUGACAUUAAUAUCUCAAGAUUUUGUUCGCCUCUAAAGAGUCUUUCAAAUACUUCUUAG